AUGAAAGCAAUAAAUUCCAGAAUUUCCCAUUGUUUUUCUUUUUUUAACCAGAACAGAGCAAUGGCUUCUUCUUCAUUUUCUUCUUCAUUUUCUUCUCAAGCCCAGGCUCAGAUACAUUUCCCUCGAAAAACGUCUAUCAAACCAAACACCACUCACAAUCUCAUAACCCAAUUACACAAGUUAUGCAACCAAAAACGAUUAAAAGAAGCCAUUCAAAUCCUCGAUCAAGUUGAAAAACCUCCAGCUUCUCUCUACUCAGCUCUUAUCCAGCUUUGCUGCCAGAACCGAUCUCUUAACGAUGGUAAAACUGUCCACAAACAUAUGAAAUUUUCUGGGUUCUUACCCGGAAUUGUUAUUUGUAACCGUCUUCUGGAUAUGUAUGCGAAAUGCGGAAGUUUGUCUGAUGCCCAAAAUCUUUUUGAUGAAAUGAGUGAAAGGGAUUUGUGUUCAUGGAAUACUUUGAUAUCUGGGUACGUUAGAAUAGGAAAGCUUGAAGAAGCAAAGAAGUUAUUUGAUGAAAUGCCUGAAAGAGAUAAUUUCUCAUGGACAGCGAUGAUUUCGGGUUACGUUCGUUUUGAUAAGCCUGAAGAAGCUUUAGAGCUUUACAGGAUGAAAGAAAUGAGCUUGCUUUCGAAGUUGAAUAAGUUUACCGUGUCAAGCGUGUUAGCUGCUUCUGGUGCUAUGGGGUGCUUACUUAUAGGGAAAGAGAUUCAUGGUCGAAUAACGCGAGCUGGGUUGGAUUUGGAUGACGUUGUUUGGAGUGCUUUAAUGGAUAUGUAUGGGAAAUGUGGGAGCAUAACAGAAGCAAGGUCCGUUUUCGAUAAAUUGGGCGAUAGAGAUAUUGUUGCUUGGACUGCAAUGAUUGAUAGGUAUUUCAAGGAUGGGAGGCGAGCAGAAGGGUUUGAAUUGUUUCGGCGGUUGACGGAAUCGAGUAUAAGACCUAAUGAGUUUACGUUUGCUGGGGUUUUGAAUGCAUGUGCUGAUGACGCUGCUGGGGAAAUAGGCAAGCAGGUUCAUGGAUACAUGACAAGGAUUCAUUUUAAUCCUUUGUCUUUUGCUACGAGUGCUCUUGUUCAUAUGUACUCCAAGUGUGGGAAUGUUGAGAAUGCAAAAAGGGUGUUUAAGGGUAUGCCUCAGCCUGAUUUAGUUUCGUGGACUUCUUUGAUCAAUGGUUAUGCUCAGAAUGGCCAGCCUGAUGAAGCUUUGGAGUACUUUGACUUGUUGCUCAAAUCAAAUAUGAAACUGGAUCACAUUACUUUUGUUGGGGUUCUUUCUGCUUGUACACAUGCUGGAUUGGUUGAUAAAGGGCUAGAAUAUUUCCACUCAAUAAAGGACAUACAUGGAUUAACUCAUACUGCUGAUCAUUAUGCCUGUAUAAUUGACUUACUAGCCCGAUCUGGCCAAUUUCGGGAAGCUGAGAAUAUCAUUAAUAAGAUGCCCAUGAAACCAGAUAAGUUUUUGUGGGCUUCCUUACUUGGCAGCUGUAGAAUUCAUGGUAACCUUGAAUUGGCUGAAAAAGCUGCUAAAGCAUUGUUUGAGAUUGAGCCUGAAAAUCCGGCUACCUAUGUUACUAUGGCCAACAUAUAUGCCACAGCUGGUAGAUGGGAUGAAGUAGCAAAAAUUAGGAAGUUAAUGGAUGACAAGGGAGUGGUAAAGAAGCCAGGUUUGAGCUGGAUUGAGGUCAAGCGAGAGAGGCAUGUUUUCUUAGUGGGAGAUACUUCUCACCCAAAAUCCAAGGAAAUACUUGAGUUCUUAGGUAAGCUUUCGAAGAGAAUGAGAGAAGAAGGGUAUGUCCCAGACAUCAACUUUGUGCUGCACGAUGUGGAGGAGGAGCAGAAGGAGCAAAACCUCUCAUAUCACAGUGAGAAGUUAGCCGUUGCGUUUGGAAUUAUUUCUACUUCUCCGGGAACACCAAUCAAAGUUUUCAAGAAUUUGAGAACAUGUGUAGAUUGUCAUAAUGCCAUUAAAUAUAUAUCAAAGAUUGUUAACAGGAAAAUAACUGUAAGGGAUUCUAAUCGGUUCCAUUGCUUUGAAAGUGGGAACUGUUCUUGUGGAGAUUAUUGGUGAUUUUGACAAAACUUCACAAGGCAUUUUUACCAGGCUAGAAACGUUGCUCGACUUCAACAUGAUUAUUGGCUGUGGAAAGUCCAUCACCUGUACAUUAGUAUAGAGGAUAUUGGGUGGUGGCUGGUAAAGUAUUCCAGCUUCAGAAAUACUGAGUAUAAUUGUUUACCUUGUUUCAAGUGGAUACACGGUCUAUCAAUAAAUCUUGUGGUGAUUCGAUAAUGCUCGUAUUUGAUUGAUGGGACUCAAUCAAAUGUUUUCUUUAUAUCUAUUCUUUGAACUGUUACAAGCCAUUUGCUAUACUUUGAUGUCUUGUUGACAGACCUGUUGUUGGGUUGAGCAGUUGAAUUGACUCUUCUAAAUUUUCAAGUUCAAUCUAAUGUGUAGUUCUUGCGAGGACGUUGGUCUUUGUGCUCUUAUCGCGCAUCCCAAAUGUUGAAGAUUCAAUUCCGUCCAUUAUGUUCAUAGGGCUUUUGAGGUACUUCUUGUCACCACCUCUUCUGUUUCUUGAUUAUUUAUGGAACUUCAUUGUUCCUACUACUGAAUUUUCGGAUAGCGCUGUAGUUUCCGUAGUUUGCUUGAUGAUAAAUAGAUAUUUACAUGAGAGAGUCCCUUUUAGAGAGGCAUUCGGUUUUAGAAUUUCCUUAAUAUGCUUAUACCUCUUCCUCUAAUUCUUUCAAAGGGACCUCAGCAAAGUUUUGAAGUUGCUAUGUUGCAUUGUUCAACUAGGUUUGAUCAAAUUUAACAGAACAUAACAUAAGUAGCAGGAGGAGAAAGGAAAUGAAUUGAAAAAGAAAAAAGAAAUUACCGUUGUUAU